AUGUUCCCAAAGCCACUUGCUCUCCGCAACCAGCUCAUCGGCCAGGCUCGCUCGGCCACCACCCUCGGAGUCGGAAUCUCCCGCCCCUCGGCCAUCCAGCCCACCAAGUACGGCGGCGUCUACUCCGUCACGCUUAUUCCGGGUGAUGGUGUCGGAAAGGAGAUCACCCAGUCGGUCGAGGAGAUCUUCGAGCACGCCAACGUCCCCGUCGAGUUUGAAAAGUUCAACGUCUCGGGCGGAACCUCGGAGGAUGCGGCGCUCUUCAAGCGCUCGAUGGACUCGCUGAGGCGGAACAAGGUCGGCCUCAAGGGCAUCUUGUACACCCCCGUCGAGCGUUCGGGUCACACGUCCUGGAACGUCGCCAUGCGCCAACAACUCGACAUCUACGCCUCGGUCGUCUUGUGCAAGUCGGUCCCCGGCGUCCCCACUCGCCACAAGGACGUCGACUUUGCCAUCAUCCGUGAGAACACCGAGGGAGAGUACUCUGGGUUGGAGCACCAGUCCUCGCCGGGUGUCGUCGAGUCCCUCAAGAUCAUGACCCGCCACAAGACCGAGCGCAUCGCCCGCUUCGCCUUUGACUUUGCCAUCAAGAACGGUCGCAAGCACGUCACCGCUAUCCACAAGGCCAACAUCAUGAAGCUCGGAGACGGAUUGUUCCUCAACACGUGCCGCCGUGUCGCCGAGGAGUACAAGGACUCGGGCAUCACUUUCUCCGACAUGAUCGUCGACAACACCUCGAUGCAACUCGUCAACCGCCCGCAACAAUUCGACGUCAUGGUCAUGCCCAACCUCUACGGCUCCAUCAUCUCCAACAUCGGUGCUGCGCUCGUCGGCGGUCCCGGAAUCGUUCCGGGCGCCAACAUCGGGAGGGAGUUUGCGUUGUUCGAGCCUGGGUGCCGCCACGUCGCGAAGGACAUCCAGGGCCAGGACUCGGCCAACCCGGCCGCCAUGAUCCUCAGUGCUACAAUGCUCCUGCGUCAUUUGGGACUUGAUCACCACGCAAAUGCGAUCGCAUCGUCGGUUUACAAAAUUCUUGAGGAGGGCAAGAUCCGCACGCCCGACUUGGGCGGCACCUCGCACACGACCGACUUCACUCACGCCGUCAUCAAGGGCUUGCAGUGA